GGUGUUGGCAUCCAUUGACUUGUUCCACUUCAGGACAAAGGUUAAGCACCAAAAAAAAAAAAAAAAACACUUCCCCGGCGAAUAUUCUCUCGUUUUCCGGCACCGAACAGCGGCGUAGAUCGCCAGUUUAACAGACAGUGGAUUAAAAUGGCGGUGGACAGUGUGUAUCUGAUGCAGUUUGUGGAAGAAACAUCGUUUUACAAUCGCAUUGUUCUGAGUCACCUCUUGCCGUCGAAUCUAUGGGAUUUUUUACCGCAUUUUCUCCAGACGUGGCUCCGGAACUACCUCGCCGGAACCUUGCUCUACUUCAUCUCAGGCUUUCUCUGGUGCUUCUACAUCUAUUACCUCAAACUUAACGUUUAUCUCCCCAGAGAUGCCAUUCCUACAAGAAAGGCUAUGCUUUUGCAAAUAUCUGUGGCAAUGAAGGCGAUGCCUUGGUACACUCUGCUUCCAACUGUCUCCGAGUAUAUGAUCGAAAGUGGCUGGACCAAAUGUUACUCUAAGAUAGGCGAAGUCAGCUGGAUACUCUACUUUGUUUCCAUCGCUGUCUAUCUUGUUUUAGUCGAGUUUGGUAUUUAUUGGAUGCACAGAGAGCUCCAUGACAUUAAGCCUCUUUACAAAUAUCUCCAUGCCACCCAUCAUAUCUACAACAAGCAGAACACACUCUCUCCCUUUGCCGGGCUUGCGUUCCACCCACUAGACGGGAUACUUCAAGCAGUUCCGCAUGUGGUAGCUCUGUUCAUAGUGCCAAUUCAUUUCACAACCCAUCUAGGUCUCUUGUUCAUGGAAGCGAUAUGGACAGCGAACAUCCACGACUGCAUCCACGGUAACAUAUGGCCUGUGAUGGGUGCAGGGUACCAUACGAUACACCACACCACUUACAAGCAUAACUAUGGACAUUACACCAUAUGGAUGGAUUGGAUGUUUGGCUCCCUUAGAGACCCUCUCUUACAAGAAGAAGAUUAUAAAACAGAGUGAGAAUGCCCCUUUUGUGUUUUCCUUUUCUUGUUCAAAGUUGCAACCUUUUUAUGUUUCUCUGUCAAACCGUUCCAGUUAUUUUUUGUUCAGAGAUGUUGACUGCAAUUUUGCUGUCCUUUUUUUUUUUUUUUUUAUGGCAUCUGCAAUUUUGCUGUCUAGAUAACAUUCAGAGGUAGAGUUAGGUAAGGUUGCUGAACAUAUAAGGAAGAUAUUUUUGUUCA